ACUUUGACACAAGUAAGUAAAGUUGUCGUGUCUUUUGCUGCUUUGCGAAUAUCAGCAUUUUUCAUCACGAAAAUCCCUUUUGUUAAUUUUUAAAGAAAAUCACAGAUAUUUAAACAAAUUGUUCAAAAUGAAGCCAAAAUUAGAAUUAAACCAUGUCCUAAUUGCAUUUAAUUUCCUGCUAAACUUUGUUUCCAUUGAUGGAGCUAAAACCCAUCAUGUCACAUGUGGCUCCAUAGUCAAGCUAUUGAACUCAGACUACGGAUCUCGACUGCAUUCUCACGAUGUCAAAUACGGUUCUGGCUCUGGCCAACAGUCAGUGACAGGAAUUGAAAUCCAAGAAGAUGUCGGCAGUCAUUGGAGCAUUAAAGCGCCAACUGGCAAAUUCUGUAAUCGAGGGGAGGCUAUAAAGUGUGGAGACACCAUCCGAUUGGAACAUCUUACCACAAAGAAGAACCUUCAUUCGCACAUGUUCUCCUCUCCACUCUCAGGUGAGCAGGAAGUCUCCUGCUACGGUGUUGAUGGUUUGGGUGAUACCGGCGAUCAUUGGGAGGUGGUUUGUAGUAGCGAUAGCUGGCUUAGAGAUUCGCCAGUGAGAUUUAGACACAUUGACACUGGAGUCUAUCUUGGUUUGUCUGGACGAUCGUUUGGUCGACCCAUAUCGGGACAAAUGGAAGUUGUUGGUUUCAAUAAUCCACAACAUGGAUCUCGGUGGACUACUGCUGAAGGAUUAUUUGUAGUACCACAGGAGAAGGAAACCGAAUAUGCACACACUGAGUUGUAAUAAUUUAGUAUUGUUUCUUGGUUUCCUUUAGUUUAAAAUAUUUUUGGUGUGCACUUGAAGUUGAACCUUGUGAAAGGUUUUCUUUUUUCUUGCUACAACUGUGGAUAGAGUUAAGUGAAUGACUUGAUUUCGAUACUAAAUCAUAAGACAUCUUAGAAGGUACUGAAAUUAAAGUAAAGUAGUAAAAAUAAAGUUUCCAUACACAAAUCUAAGAUAAAAUUGCCCGUGACACUUUUUGUUUUUUGUUUAAUAAAGACUCAAGCUGGAUUUAAAAUACAUAAUAAUUAUAAAACUA